AUGUACCCACGUUUGUCCAUUUGGUCCGAUUCAAACAUCGCUGCAACGGCAUCAUCUAUUGAGCAACCAGUGCAAGCCAAGGAGGGGACAAGAAGUAAAAGGAAACGUGAAACACCAACAAACCGAGUCGCAGAUGAGCUGGAACACCAGGAAGAACAUCAAGUCAGCCAAGUACUCAACAACUAUUUCCAUUUUCCUGCUCCAGCUGGUACCGUUUGGUUCCAGCAAGCGCAACAUGAGUUUAAGGUCGUAUGA